AUUAAAAAAAUACUUACGUGCUUACCUUCGCGAGGUAACGCUUUGAAAGAUCAACCGCCGCCGGUUUCCUUUGUUAUGAGUUAUUAAACGUCAAUCAGUUACUGCUUUCACUUUGUUUACAAACAACCACGAGUUGCGAAGCCGACUUCGUUGCUCGUUGCUCCAUUUUACGUAAUACCAGUCACAUAAAAAUGCCUGUGAAGACGAAAGAAAUAAAAGGAAUAUUGAUACCUAUAGAAGAACAAGUAAAUAAAUUAAGAGAAUUGAUAAAAAACAAUUCUCCUUGUACAAAGGAUGUUGUAUCAAAAAAAUCGACUCUAUUUGAACGAUUGGAAUGUUUGGGAGAGAAGUUUGAGGCUUUGUCAAAAGAAGAUAUUAAUGAUUAUGAAGAAAUGGAGUCAAGGAUCGCCAAUAUAGUAGAAGAACUUUGCUCUCUGGAAUAUGUCAAUGAGAUGAUUAAAAAUGUUGACAAGCAACUCGCUGAACAGAUCCUAUCCAAUGUGCUUGAGAAAUUUAAAUUAGCUCUUGAAGCUUUGGAGAAAUUGGAGUGUUUGCCAUUGAAGCAAAGACUAAUGGAUUGCAUGGAUUAUAUCUAUGAAAUGGGUCAAGCCAAUGAAAUUGAACACUAUCAAAAUAUAAAGGAGUUGGGCACAUCCAUUUUAGAAUUGCUUGGACCAUUACAAAUAUAUAGAAAAAGUUUAACGUCUCAUGUGCUUGCAGAGAAGAUAACAUUGUAUUCAUGCCAGUUAUGCACAGCCUUCAAACUGCUAGUGCAGUUGGUACAAGAGCAGCAUCAACUUAAUGCACACAUUUAUAAUUGUAAGAAAUAUGUCUGUGAAAGACUCUGUUUCUGCUUGAAGAUGAUAAUAGAGGUACUGGAUGUACCAGAUCCGUUACCCGAGGAUGAAAUAUCCGAGAAGGAGAAUCAUUUUGUUUAUAGAAUGGAUUUGGUGCUGGACAUUUUGUUGGACAUGCCAAAUAAAUCCCAGGAGGAGCUAAUACCGGAAUGCGAACAGUUAUGGUUGCGAAUAGAAGACGUGUUCUCCUACGCGAUGGCGAUCGCGCAAGUGUGCAAACCUUGUAACUUUAAAGCGAUCACCGGAACCUGCCAAUCUAUUAUAUCAGAAUAUGAAAACCUAAAGUACCAACUGACGACCGAAUCCUCCGAUUCGGCAUUGAAUAAUUUGUUCAUGAAUAGUUUAAAUGACGCCCUUUAUCGAUUAGAACGUAAGAUUAACGUAUCGGUACUGAAUCUCGUUAUGGAAGUGUUCAGUGAUCCUUUCAAUGCCUUGAGAAAACUUGUUACUAUAUGUGGCAAUUCAUUGACCGCCAAAAAUCGAUCCAAGAGCGAUUUGUCUAACGCUAUAGAAGAAUUUGAUCAGGUUAUAGACAAGUCCAUGCAAAUUGGACUGUUCGCUGUUGCUUCUUGCAAGGAUAGAAAUCGAAUCAAUCAAAUUCGAAAUUGUCUGGCGAGUCUCGAAUCCUUGGAGACAGAAUUGAUUACUGCCAUCACUACUUUCUAUUUACACCCAGAGAGCAAAGAAAUGCGCGCGAAUGUAAAACUCUUGACCGUGCAAUGGCAACUGGAAGCGAAUAAGUUGCAAGAUGCUAUAAAUUUGAUUAUGGAUUCAGCGGCCUACUGUGAGGUAGUCUUAGACGAUCUUCAAGAACGUAUCUCGAUAAUGUCCAAUUGCCUCGAUAACAGAGAACCCGUCACCCAAACACAAGUACAAAGCGUUGUGCUCAGAUCUUUGUCGUUGUCGCGACAAAUUAGUACGACUAUAAAUGAUAUUGGCAGCGACAUAAUCGAAAAACAAACGAUAAUGAUGGUUAGAGAACUUAAAGCUGCAAUAUGUGAAGCCGAUGCUGCUUCAAAAAAACUCUUAACAGACAAUGCUACGGAACCACAACAAUUACGCGUGAUUAAACGAUGCGAACUGAUUUUAAACGUGGUGAAAAGAUUGCAUCCCGCGUUAGUUGGCAUUAUGAAUAAUACGUCACUAAUGAAUACGAAUUAUGGAAAAAAUGGGAAAGGUCAAGGAGAUUCUAUUCAUGACGUGAGCAGUCGAUUAGCGUCUACGAUUUACGGAUCAUGCUACGGUCAUCACCAGAAACCUUUAACUUACAUAAGGACACCGUAUACAGUGAACAAUUACAAAUCGCCCUUGUCCAUACAAACGGCGAAUAGUGUUUCCAGAACAGAACAGAAUUUGUCGUGUUUGAUACCGUACAUUAAGAAAGGACGUGAAAUGCGCACAGAGCGUUCAGUCAUGUAUAAAACUCCGCGUAAACCUGACCCUGUCGAUCAGUCCUCGGUCGACAUUAGAUUAGAAUCCAGAAACCUGACCAAUAUCAGGCAGCAUCUUUUCAGUAGAGACAGCAUCAGUUCUCAGGAAGAUAGUUACUUGUCCGAAGAAAGUAUGAAUUUAACAGAUAUUCUAGAGAAGUUCGUUACCUCCUGCACAACUUUAAAUGCGAGUACGUCAAAAUCUAAGCAUGAAAAAUCGCAAAGUAACACGCCUGAUUCAUCGAAUAAAAAGUCUGUUACACACCUGACGGAACCAUUGGUUCAAUGCAUGCAAACCCAGCCUGGAAUAAUAGCUCAUAAAAUGGAUCAAUGUUCAUCGAUUGGCGGCGGAGACGCUCCAUCGAUCGUGGAAGUGUCGAAGAAUUAUAAUGAUGGUCAAAGAUUAGAACACAGUACUGAAGUAACGCAGAAACGAUUGUUCGGAGAUUAAGCGUUUAUUUAUGAAUUUGCGAUGAAACGUUAAUCUAUAGAAACGUUGAAGUUUCAGUGCUUCCGUUUACAAAGAAAUGUGAAAUUUAGUUAUUUACAUUUCAAUUAUUAUAAUAAAUUGCCUUAAGAUGUUUGCUAACAAAUUAAAUAAUAUAUUUCUAUAAAUAAAACGAGGAAUAG